CUUUCUGCCUCCAUCCCCCAGUCUGCCUAAGUACAGGGGUUGGCAGACUAAUACCGCUCCACCCCUUUUUGGCACAUCUUACAGAUUUCAAGAGAAGAUAAAAGGGGCAGAAGCUGGCAACGUCUCACAGGGAUCAUUUCUCCUGCUUCGUCGUUGCUACUAGCUUCCGCACAUCCACCGAGCUUCGUUUCUCCGUUUCGCAAACUAAAGUCCUAACAAGCUUUGACGAUGAGCGUCUACAGUACGAGAACCACUCGUGUCACCAACGCUCCUCGGAGCUUCUCUAGUUUCUCUGUUGGGAACGCAGGACCUAGCAGUUCUAGAGUUUUCGGGUUGGGCUCCUCGCGCGGACCCAGUUUUGGCGCAAUUCCCAGUGGAACAGUAACUACUAAUUACAGCAUCAGCGGCAGUGCUGGUGGUAGUGGUUUGGGCACUGGUUUAGGUUUUGGCCAAGGUAUGAGUCGUGGCAGCGGUGGCAACUUUGUAGGCUCUGGAGGGUUCCCACCCAUUACCAGUGUGACAGUGGACAAAAGACUAUUAGCUCCUCUAGACUUAGCAGUAGAUCCUAGUAUCGGUCAGGUCCGACAUGAGGAGAAGGAGCAAAUUAAAACGCUCAACAACAAAUUUGCAGGUUAUAUAGAUAAGGUCCGUACCCUUGAGCAGCAGAACAAACUGUUGCAAGUCAAAUGGGAACUGCUGCAAAAGCAACAGCAAGGAGGAUGUUCAGACGUCAAUUUAAAUGCAAUGUAUGAAGCUUACAUUGGCAAUCUAAAGCGGCAGCUUGACAGUCUGCAAAAUGACAAAUAUAGGCUCGAGUCUGAGCUGAAGAACAUGCAGAAUAUUGUGGAAGAUUACAAAUGCAAAUAUGAAGAUGAAAUCAACAAGCGCAAUGGUGCAGAAAAUGACUUUGUAAUGUUGAAGAAGGAUGUGGAUGCUGCAUACAUGAACAAAGUGGAACUGGAGGCUAAACUGGAUGGUUUAAAUGAUUAUAUGAAAUUUCUAAGAGCUAUUCAUGAAGCGGAACUUCAAGAAAUGCAGACACAAGUGCAAGAUAUCUCUGCUAUUAUUCAAAUGGAUAACAACCGCCAGCUGGACUUAGAUAAUGUAAUAGCAGAAGCAAAAACUUGCUUUGCAAAUAUGGCACAGCAAAGCCGUGCUGAAGCAGAAUCCUAUUAUCAAGCAAAGUAUGACCAACUGGCCAGCACAGCAGGAAACUAUGGCGAUGAACUCCGUACCACUAAGGCAGAGAUUCAGGACCUCCAGAGGAUGAUUACAAGAUUAACCAAUGAAAUUGAAAGUAUAAAGAACCAGCGUGCCACCCUGGAAACUACCAUUGCUGAAGCUGAGGAACGUGGUGAAAUGGCUCUUAAAGAAGCCCGAGAAAAGAAGGCAGAACUGGAUGCAGCUCUCCAGAAGGCCAAGCAGGACCUGGCAAAACUACUGCAUGACGUUCAGGAAGUCAUGAAUAUCAAAUUGGGUCUGGAUAUUGAGAUUGCCACCUACAGAAAACUACUGGAAGGAGAAGAGAGCAGAUUCACUGGACAGAAUCCUGGACAAGCCACAGUUCUAGUGCAGUCCUCUACCAGCAGUGGAUCAAAUGCAUACGGAGGUCUUGGUGGAUUAGUUGGAGGUACUGGAGGUCUUAACUUAGGUUCAGGUGGAGGAAGCAGCCUGAGUUUUGGUACACGAGGAGGAGGGUCCAGUCUGAGUGGUGGUUCCUACAGUAUUGGUGGGCCAGCAGUUACCAGAACCAGCUCUGUGAAGGUGGAGUCACGGAGAGGAUACAUAUAAGCUAUAUGCUCAUUGGGUGCAGACUUUGUUAAUUAAAUCCCGUAUCCAUGCUGCCUUGUGACAGUGCAUCAGGCCAGGUAUUUAAAGCACCUAUGCAGCUAUGCAGAUUGUCAUCCCAUAUUACUUAAAAUAUUAUAGAGCAUGUAAAGGUUUUAAGAACAACGUUCUCAUUCUGCCUACAAGACGGCUCUUACAAAUAAACUACAGUUUAUUUCUGUGGUAAAGUAGGUAAAUAUAUUUAUAAGAGAAAAAUAGAUUGUUUUACUGUGGAUGUUUCUGCAUGUAUUAUAGCUAUUUCAACUAGAUAAACUUAAAAAUACAAAGGUGCCAACAAAAUGUGGUUUUGUUGUCUAAUAUUAAGUCACUGGCUAGCUGCUUUGUCACUAUGCAGCUUUUACUGUAUUACUAGAUUUGUUUCUCAUUGGCAGAAGGUUUCCCUACAUGUAUUCUCACUGUAUGUCUGGGAUUGUCAUUACUGUUACAACUUCAGCAAGCUGCGUGUUUUUUUACAACUCUCCAAGAUGUUUAAACACUGUAACCUUUCUUAGUUUUGGAGCUUACAUGAUGGCAUAUCUGAUCGAUUUUAGAUUAUCAGCAUGGCUUCAAAUAAAAUGAUACUUUCUACAAAAUGAA